AACAAAGUGGGAGGUGAUGUGAACCAAACAUUUACUCACGACAGGGCUCUUCAUAUUUUAUCCAGAGGAGCGCAUGGAUUCGGGCUCCGGCACACUGCCCGCCGCUGUCCUGGAUGCUGUACAGACUGAAUCAGAAGGCUGUCCCUAAAUCUGAACAUAAUUAUCGUACGUAUCACUGAUAGCUAUAACUGUGACAGCUUGAGCCAAGCAGACAGAGGAACAGCGCAGGAGCUGCUGUUUGGUGUACAGUACUGGUGUAGACAGUACAGUGGAGAUGGAGCGGUGGAAAGGCAGAGUGGCCCUGGUGACCGGAGCCUCGGUGGGGAUUGGAGCGGCUGUAGCCCGGGCACUGGUCCAGCAAGGCAUGAGGGUUGUCGGCUGUGCCAGGAAUGUCGACAAAAUAGAGAAGCUGGCGGCAGAAUGUCAGAGUGCAGGCUACAGUGGCACACUGAUCCCUUACAAGUGUGACCUGUCCAACGAGGAGGAGAUCCUGUCCAUGUUUUCCGCGAUCAAGACGCUGCACAAGGGCGUGGACGUGUGCAUCAACAACGCCGGGCUGGCCCACGACGAGCCCUUGCUCAGCGGAAAGACAGAGGGCUGGAGGAACAUGAUCGACGUGAAUGUUUUAGCCUUGUCUAUCUGCACCCGUGAGGCGUACAAAUCAAUGAAGGAGAGGAACGUGGACGAUGGCCACAUCAUCAAUAUCAACAGCAUGGGGGGCCAUCGAAUGGUGCCUAGUGCUGAUGAGCAUUUCUACUGUGCCACUAAAUACGCUGUGACGGCUUUGACUGAGGGGAUACGGCAAGAACUGCGAGAAGCAAACACCCACAUCAGAGCAACAUGUAUAUCUCCUGGAAUAGUGGAGACUGAGUUUGCCUUCCGUCACCACAACAGUGAUCCAGAGAAAGCAGCUGCAGUGUAUGAGAGUAUGAAGUGUUUGAAAGCAGAAGACAUAGCCAGUGCAGUCACAUUUGUCCUCAGUGCCCCUCCUCAUGUCCAGAUUGGAGACGUGCAGAUGAGGCCAGUAGAGCAGGUGUCAUAGCAGUGAAACAGGAAGCUGCAGGAGGAGCAGACAGACAGCAGCCAUGGUGACUCCUUAGCGAUCUCUGCUGGGUAAGGGUUGGGGAGGGGAGGGGGGGGG